AUGAUUGAGUGGGCGCUUGAUUUCCUCCUGGCUCAAAUCACACCAUCGACGAUUGGCGAUCCGAAAAUUUUAACGUUAAGGCUAUUGGAGAUGCAAACUUUCACGGUAGUGUGUGCUUUAUCAGGACUGCGGGAGAUGACAAUCCUGAAA